GCAAACUGUGAGUGUGUGCGUGUUUUGUAGACCUCUUGGGUAAUGUAGUUCGCGUUACGAACACCGCACAUGAAGACCGUCGACGUCUUGCGGUUCAAGGAGUACGUUACCCAGAAGCCACCGGGGCGCUUCAGCUGAGACACGCAAGGAAUCAUGAAUUACGCUCGGUUCCUCACCGCUGUGAGCGCAGCUAGGAAGCCUUCCCCCAUCCGGAUGCUGACCGAGCUGCAGCAGCGGUCGCCCGCGUCCCUGAUCUCUUUGGCCGGCGGAGCGCCCAACCCCGACACCUUCCCCUUCCGGUCGGCGUCCAUCGAGGUGAAGAACGGGCCGACGCUCACCUUCGACGAGGCCACGAUGAAGAGGGCCCUGCAGUACUCUGCCUCCAAUGGGAUACCUGAGCUGCUGACGUGGAUGAAGAGCCUGCAGAAGGACCUCCACAAGCCGCCGAUGGAGAUGGACAUGUGUGUGACCACGGGGAGCCAGGAAGGCCUCUGCAAGGUGUUUGAGAUGCUGGUCAACCCCGGGGACAACGUCCUGCUGGACGCACCCACGUAUUCGGGCACACUGGCAGCGCUUCAGCCGCUCGGCUGCAACCUGAUCAACGUCCCCAGCGACCAGCACGGCAUGAUACCCGCCGCGCUGAAGGAGGUUUUGUCUCGCUGGGACCCGUCAGAGGUCCACAAGCCCGGCAGCACCGCCCCCAAGGUCCUCUACACCAUCCCCAACGGAGGAAACCCCACUGGUGCCUCCAUGACCACUCAGAGGAAGCAGGAAGUGUACGAGCUGGCCAGGCAGUACGACAUGCUCAUCAUCGAGGACGACCCGUACUACUUCCUGCAGUUUGACAAGCCGUGGUCUCCCACGUUCCUCUCCAUGGACGUGGACGGGAGGAUCAUCAGGACCGACUCCUUCUCCAAGAUCCUGUCCUCAGGGCUGCGGAUUGGCUUCGUUACGGGUCCCAAGCCGCUGGUGGACCGGGUGGUGCUGCACAUCCAGGCCUCCACGAUGCACACGAGUACCUUCACGCAGCUCAUGGUGUCCCAGUUGUUGCACAGCUGGGGCCAAGAGGGCUUCCUCCAGCACAUCGACCGGGUGAUUGAGUUUUACAGGAAACAACGCGAUGCCAUGAUCAGCUCUGCCGACAAGUGGCUCAGAGAUGUGGCAGAGUGGCACACCCCGUCGGCCGGCAUGUUCCUGUGGAUCAAAGUGAAGGGCGUAGCCGACACCCAGCAGCUGAUUAUGCAGAAAGCCCUGGAGAAGGAGGUGCUGCUGGUCCCUGGAGGCGUCUUCAUGAUCAACAGUAGUGAGCCCUGUCCUUACGUCAGAGCGGCCUUCUCUCUCUCCACACCAGAGCAGAUUGAUGAGGCUUUCAGAAGACUCUCUUCUCUCAUCAAAGAGGCUUUAUGAUCAAACAUCUGAUUAUUAUUAUUGAGGUUGUAUUUUUAAAUACUAAAGUUUGAAUGUAUUUGGAUACUGUGUGACACAGUGAAGAGGAGAAGCUCAGAACGUAUGUACUGUACUUAGUGCUGAUUAUUGAACCAUUUGUAGCAGUGAGUUGCACUACACAGGGAGGAUGUAUUUAUGUUUCACAUGUACAAAAAAGUAAACUACUUUUUUUUAAAUCA